UCUUUUUUAACAGGAUUGGGGCUCAGAGAGGGAGAAAGCGGGCCGGGGUGAGAUUUUGUAUCGCUUCUCUCCGUGGAGUGCCUAAUUUUUUCCCCUACGUGGGGGAGAGGAAACCUUAUAGGCUCUCUCUGCCUCCGGCAUGCGUUCGGAACCUGGUUGCGGUGAUAGCACGCUAGGCUGUAUUUGGCGGGCAGUACUUCAGAGGACCGUAGGACAUCCGGAGGGUGAUAUUGCGAGGCUUCUUGUUGAUGUGAAGGGAGCAGGAAAUGAGCAGGGCAGGCGAGGAUUUAGGCAAGUCAAGGCUCAAGCACCACAAGGUGCUUCCCAACGUGCAUCCGACGAACUCGUUGAUUCUUCCCGACGGGAAGAUCUUCAAGGUCCAGAAGAAGCGGCAGCGCAAGAUCCACAGCUGCAUCCCGUGCCACCAGCGCAAGAUUAGAUGUUCCCGGGAGACCCCAACGUGUCUGAACUGCCUCAAGCUGGCAGAGAAGAACCCCUCUGAAAAAUAUGAGAUCUUGGACGCAUGCAAGUACUUCGACAACGACAAGAAGAAGAAUUUAAAGAAAAAGGGCGUUAGUUUUGGCACAUCGGCGGCGGCGGCGGCGGCGACAGCGUCGUCGUCAAGGAGGAGCAUGAGAACCGCUGUGUCCUCUUCCGGAGCGGGCCAUGUGUCGAACGACACCGAAGAGCUGGAAUAUGAAAAACUCAGCGGAGAGGAGGAGCAGGAAGAAGGGGCCGAAGAGCUCGACACGGCUUAUCAAAAAGACAGCGGGGACUGCCAGCAGUUGGCAGGCAUCAACAACAAUAGCAGUAGAAGUAGAAGCAGCAGCAGCAAUAGUAGCACAACCAACUCGCAGACAGACGCUUUUUCCAGUAUCUUAGUUACCCAACCUUUCUACGAAAACGACUAUGCCGGACACUUCGGAAGACCCACCGGUGUAGGAGCAAGGGAGGGCGGUGAAGAACCGAAAACCUACAGCAAUACCAACCCCACCGCCGGCGCCCGCACCGAUACCAGAGACACGGCCGAUCUCAGUGCUGAGGGGAAGACCAGAAGCAAAAGCAAGAGCAGCAAAAUUGACAACACCAAUAAUGACUAUAAUACCGGCAACACCAACUAUACUAUCAGCCUUGGCCAGAGAAAUGGAGCUGGCGAAAAAUAUAAUCUUGUGGAAGAUAAUGUUAACGAAAAAUUGGGCCACACUAACGAAUACACUAACGACUUCCCCAUAGACCAGAAUGAGUUUGUGUAUGUACCAAGAGACGAGUCCGGCGAGCAUAUGAAUGACGCAGAAAGAAAUGGUUUCUCCUAUCAGAACCCGAACAACCUCUAUCCGGACGACCACAUAUAUUCUCACUACUCAAAGCAAUUUGCCUCCCAGUUCAUUACGAUGCUCAACAACCUCCCCACGAGAGAGAGAUCAGACGAGUUGUUAAAGAACUUCCAAACAAACGUGCAUUCUUUGCUACCGAUUUUGGACAUGAACGGUUUCUUGGAGAAAUACGACGAAUUUUGGUACUGCGGCUUGUUUUUGACUGACAACAUAGAAAAAUUGUAUCAGUAUACCAUCUACUUCAAAGACAAGUACCCUUCUGUCAUACCCGGCAAGAUCAACGAUUUCCUGUAUUGGUAUCACAAAACUAACGGCUCAUUAAAUCCUUCCAACUUCUCAGAGUUUUUGAUCCUUCUUUACGCCGUUUAUUAUACCUCAAUUUCAAGCUCAGUCUACGAAUUUCUUUCCAAGAAAUAUGACAACUUCAACAAUAUUUUGUCUUACAAAAACGAGGUUAACAAAUACUACAACAUGUUCAAAAAUAUGAACCACAAGGGACUCAAUAAUCCAAGGGUCAUGUCCUUGGCAGUUUUACAAAUCAAUGUGUUAGUGCAAUCGAUUACCAACCUUAAGUCAGGGAAAUCCUUGAUCAAUAUUUCCAAAAUUUUGAGAAUUUGUCAAUUCUAUCAAUUGAAUAGAGACCCCGUCUUAUAUCAUGCACUCAAAGAUAAAGAAUUGGUACAGACCAGAAGAAUAGUUUGGUGGCAAAUUUUCUUAUUGGAUAAUCUAGUAUCAUUUUUCUUAAAUUUAACUCCCUCAAUCAAGUUGUCUGACUUUGAUACUAGCUUAUUGAUGGAGAAUUUGGAUCAUGACUCAUGCGCUAAUUUUUCAAUUAUGUAUUUGAACUGCAUGUACAGAUUUAUUCUGAUUGUCGACGACUUGAAUGGUUUAACAAACGGCUUGAACUUUCAGCUGAAAAACGAGGAUAUUAAUAAGAUGAAAAGUAAUAUCAAUAAUUUGUUCAUCACUUGCAACUCAACGAUGAAAAAAAUGAGUGCCAUAUUUUACAGUAUACCCAACAACAGUGAAAUGUUGUCUACGGACAACAACUCAAGUUCCAAUCCAAGUCCAUCUAAUCAAUACCAGCAUCGCCCAAUCUCACGCCAACAACAACAUCAAAGUCCACUGAGCAAUAGUGUAGAAACCGAUCCAACAUUAAACUCAACCAGCUACAGCUUCCACGAGCCAUCGCUUGACACUUUCAGGUUUUUCAUGUCUUCUUUAAAUAUUUUAAGUGACAAGAUGUUGAUUAUGCUCCAAAAAAAAAUCUUACUGAGCCCAUAUUUGAUUUAUGACACCCACAAGACAAACUCGAAUCUAAAUUUGAGGUUGAAUAGUACCGAGUACAGUUACACAGAUUUACAAAACAACUUGUUACCAUCGCUUCUACACUAUUUGGACACUUUCUUGUUGUUAUCGAAAAAGGAUAUGCUUAAGUUUAACUGGAAGCUGAAAAAUUACAUUCCUAUUGAUGAGUUGAUUUUGCUAAUGCAAAUAUUAGCAACAAACUACAAGUCGGGGAUCUUUCAAAAUGAAAUUGAUAAAUUCUCUGAUAUAAACUUAAAAAUAUAUUUGAUUGAUCAAACAAUAAAUUCAUUGAAGUUGAACUGGCAUCUCAAAUUAUCAAGUGUCAACAAAUUGAUUUCUUUGACGUCUAAACUAUGGGAAUUGAUGAUACUCAAAUUCAACAUUGAUUUAGCUUUGUCCUACUCGAUGUCUGACAAGUACAUCUUCCCUAAACCUGUCCAUGAAGUUUUGUCACCGGGGAACUAUUCUCGGAACAUUAAUAUUUCGUCCAAUUCUGUUAGUUGCGCAGAAAUAGCACCAAGGACAAUUGGAAUUGCAUCAGCUCUGGAUACACCUCUUCGAAAUAUGGACUCAAAGCAAAAGGGUACAAUGAGCAAUGAUACCCCAGAUCAAAAUCCGUUCAACUACUUAAAUCCAUCAAAUAAUGAGAAACAAAGCUACAACAAGCAAAAGACCAAUGACGCGAUACGCCCAUCAUGUUCGAUAGUGGACAUGAACUUGAACAUUAAGGAGAGGUUUUUCAGUGUUGCUAAACUGGUGGAAGAUGAACUUUCCAAAGAAGGCGGAUCUGGAAUAAUACAAGAUACAGAUGACAAUGAAGAAGGGUGGUUCAAUCUCGGCACAGAAGAAGAAUAUGGAUUAAACUCAAUUGAUGAUUUCCACUUCUACAAGAACUUGAAAUCUGAUGUCAUCAGGCUAUUCAAACUCGUUGUGUGUUGAAUUAACAUGCUCACUAUAUAGCUAUCAAGAGAUAAUGUUUUGUAUACGUCUAAAGUCAAAUCAUUAAACUUCCUCAAAGCUUGUUGUAAGCAAAAAGGAAUGUGACAAUGAUCAUCGCA